UAUUUUUUUUUGGGGGGGGGGGGGGUGGGGGCAGUUGUUAUUCCUGUUACUCUUGGUUAUAGUGGCAACCAUGUGGUUGUCUGCAUCUGUUCCGAUUUGCUUCGAGCGUUAUUUUGGCUACCUUGCCACAGGCGGUUUGGUUUUGUUACCAUCCCUAGGUGUUGAAGUGAUUUUUGGGUGUGGCUUGUGAUCAUUAUUAUUUCAUCUCUGUUGUCAGUAAUUUAUUAGGUGUCCAUAUUUUUACUAGUGUUGAUCCAAUAUGUAGAUAGACCCGUAGUGGGCGGAACACAUGGAUUUAUGACAGAAUUGGAUGGUGUGUAAAAUAAAUCACUUGUCUCUUUUACCUUCAUUGAAUUUACUUGAACAUGUCAGAUAUCGUUGUUAGGUGGAGGUGUUGCCCCUCAGCGCGUGAUUGGCUGGAUUGGGGCCAGGAAAGCUCUUCCACGCAAAUUUUGGAACAACCUUAUGAGAACAUGGUUGGACUGAGAGAACGACGGUCAAAGACACUCAACCUCACCACCUCCGUCUAUCCUCGCUACGAUACCCCAUCAGUCCUUUGCUGCGGAAGAGGGAAAUAUACGACGGGAAUACCUUCUGUCUUGUUAAUUAACUCUGUUCACCCGGUUGUUUCUCCGUGCGUUAGACCCCUCCCACAAUCAUGGCCUUCGCCGGCCAGACUCCUACGAUCAUUGUCCUGAAAGAAGGCACGGAUACAUCCCAAGGAAAGGGUCAAAUAAUAUCCAACAUCAACGCGUGUCUGGCAAUCCAGUCGACGGUUAAGGGAACCCUCGGUCCUUAUGGUGGAGAUCUAUUAAUGGUCGAUGCCAACGGGCAGCAGACCAUUACCAAUGAUGGAGCGACGGUUAUGAAGCUCCUCGACAUCGUCCAUCCAGCCGCCCGCAUCCUCACAGACAUUGCCAGAUCCCAGGACGCGGAAGUUGGCGAUGGCACGACCUCCGUUGUUGUGUUAGCCGGAGAGAUACUGAAGGAGGUCCGCGACGCUGUUGAGCAAGGAGUCAGCUCACAGAUCAUCAUCAAAGGCCUACGGAGGGCGAGUGCACUGGCUGUUAACCACAUCAAGGAGAUUGCUGUCGAUCUGCGUAGCACGCAUGGAAACCUUGAAACGAAGGUAGAAACGCUGCGACGGUUGGCGGGGACGGCGAUGAAUAGCAAGUUAAUUAAGAGGAAUUCGGAAUUUUUUACGAAGAUGGUGGUCGAUGCGGUCUUAUCUCUGGACCAGGACGAUUUGAACGAGAAACUUAUUGGUGUCAAGAAGGUUACCGGCGGGGCCCUUCAGGAAUCCCUAUUCAUCAACGGCGUUGCCUUCAAGAAAACAUUCUCAUAUGCUGGCUUCGAACAACAACCGAAAUUCUUUACGAACCCUAAGAUCGUGUGCUUGAAUGUUGAGCUAGAGCUGAAGAGCGAGAAGGACAAUGCAGAGGUGCGCGUGGAGCAGGUAUCGGAGUAUCAAGCCAUCGUCGAUGCGGAAUGGCAAAUCAUCUUCAAUAAAAUGGAGGCCGUCUACAAGACCGGUGCGAAGGUCGUGUUGAGCAAGCUGCCCAUCGGUGACCUAGCAACACAAUACUUUGCCGACCGCGACAUCUUUUGCGCCGGCCGCGUCGCCGCUGACGACAUGGAGCGCGUCUGCCAGGCCACCGGCGCCUCCACCCAAUCCACAUGCACAGACAUCCAAGACCGCCACCUAGGAACCUGCGGCUCUUUCGAAGAGCGCCAAAUCGGCAGCGAGCGCUUCAACAUCUUCUCCGACUGCCCCGCCGCCAAAACCUGCACCCUGGUUCUCCGCGGCGGCGCCGAACAGUUCAUCGCAGAAGCCGAACGCAGUCUCCACGACGCCAUCAUGAUCGUCAAGCGCGCGCUUAGAAACACGAGCAUUGUCGCCGGCGGUGGUGCGACAGAGAUGGAUCUCUCCGGCUACCUGCACAGCUUCGCGGAUCGGAACGUGCCCCAUAAGCAGCAGGCGGUCGUCAAGGCCUUUGCGAAGGCGCUGGAGGUCAUCCCCCGCCAGCUGUGUGAUAAUGCGGGCUUUGAUGCGACGGAUAUUCUUAACCGGCUGCGUGUGGAGCAUCGGAAGGGGAAUGUGUGGGCUGGUGUUGACUUUGAUAACGAAGGGGUUAGGGAUAAUAUGGAAGCGUUUGUGUGGGAGCCUAGUCUUGUCAAGGUUAAUGCUAUCCAAGCGGCUGUUGAGGCGGCAUGUUUGAUAUUGAGUGUGGAUGAGACUAUCAAAAACGAAGAGUCCAAGGCGCCACAAGCGCCCCAACGGGGUCUACCACAAGAUGCUACGCAGAGAGUUCUGCGCGGGAGAGGAAGGGGAAUGCCCAGAAGAUAGAUAAAAUGGAGUGGCUGUUAUUGUUUGAGUCAAUGUACUCCGUACUCCGUAUGCCGCUUCUAAUUAGCGUACUCUAAAUUUAAGUCGACCGGCAGUACCAUUGUUACUCAAGCAUAGAAGGAAAAAAAAUAUUGCAUUUUUGUCUUCUAUCCAGGCUAUUUUUGUUCAUUCAAUUGUAAUGUUUUCUUACCUCUUUAAAUAUGUAAAUUGUAGGAAAGUGAACUAACUCCUGUUGCUGGUUCCUAUGACGAUCAUGAAGAGGGAGUGGGUGUAUGCAGGCGUCGUGGAUACCAAAGCCAGGAACGUGAUGAAUUUGAUUUUUUUUACAAUAAUACAUUCAGUGUCCAUCACGGCCUGCAGUCGGUUUCUUAUUUCUGGAUAUAUAACUUACCCCCGAGCAUCACCAAAAAAGAAUGUUGAGAGCGGCCUCCGCCUCUUGAAAUACCAACAAAUUCACUAGCCAACCAGGCUGCUAAAACAGCUUGCGACGCCCGAGAUCUUCAGACGGCAAAAAAUAAAAAAGCAAACAAAAGAAAUUAGGAUUUGAACCGUUUUGAUUCUUAAACGAGACGCAAAAACAAAACAUAGAAUAAUAAAUACAUAGUUAUGUUUCCACCGCCACACCCUCACUCAACUCAACCUCCUUUAAACUAUAGGACCAGAGGCAAAACGCCAAGCGCGGGAUCGCGUACCUCCGAUCCAUCGUCCUUUCGUUUUUUUCUGUCCUUCAAGCCGUAGCUGUGGCUGCUCGCAUUUGUCCAGAAAAGCUAGAUUUUUUCUUUUUUUCUUUUUUUCUUUUCUUUUCUUUUUUUUUUUUUUUUUUUUUUUGUUUGGCUUGACGUGGAAACAUAUGAAAGAAUAUGGGUUUUCUGGUUUGGCAGGCUCAGCUGUUUUUUUGGAGGAUAUCCGAUGGGGAUGAAAAGGUCUUCUACAAGCUGCUCCGUAAGUUGUACAUGUAUGUACAAUGACAGGCGAACAGGCGAACAGGCGAACAUGCGAACAUGGGAGGAAUAAGAUGUAGCCGGGCGCUAUUAGCUAGGUAAUAGCUCACUGAUAUUUGACGAACAUUGACACGGGCCGCAAGGGUUCAAGCGUUUUCCACUCUACCCGAUUUCUCAAUAGUUAGCGACCCGGGUUGAGGUACGGUGAAAAGGAGGAUGGUAUGAUCCAAGGCUUCAUACAAACUGUGGGCGUUCAACGGGUUUUCCUCAGGGCAAAUUGUGCAGCCGACCACGGGGAUUCUGUGCCCAAAUGAACAAUUGAAGCAGGGCUCUAUUGUAAUUUUUUUCAAAAAACUAAGUGCUUCGAAGCGACUUGGAAGUUCGUCAAUGAACCCCCACCCCUGUCUUCAGGGGUUGAGCAUGCGACGAGCGGGAAAGGCGAUCUUAUUAAAUAUUAUUGUUUGCUCUGCUCUGGUCCUUACAUGGCAGAAAAUAUCACCGGCAGGGAGAUAUUGUGAACAUAUUCCUUAAGCCAAUAAUAACCUAGUUGUGUUCCUUCAAUUGGGUCCAUUGAGAG